AUGCCAGUCACAGUGGAUAUGGUCAUUCUCAUUGGUCUUCGCCCGUUGGUCCCAGAGCGCCAACACGACAUUUUAUGGCGUGAUGAAACGGUGGUGCGUAUCACGGUUGUCGAUCUGGAGUUCCCGGAUGUCGCGCGGAAGAUGGCGUUUCUCACUUUGUUAAGGUAUAUGAGGCUUGGGAGGGGCUUUGGACUCCGGUGAUUGAGAGUGUAGUCCAGUUAAAAUAGUUCCGCAAACCUGUCGUGUAUUUGGUUCCAACGUGUCGGCGCGAGUGUUGAGGCAUUCGAGAAUUGGGUCUUUCAAGUCCGCCUUGGGCAUGCUUUUUAACUGUCCCGCUUUCUGCGGGGAUUUUCUACUCUUCUUUUGAUAAAGAUGUGAAUCACAAAGCGCCUGCUCGGCGUGCUUUAAAAGUCAGCCGGGGAGUCAUGAGUUUCGAUUUGCGCGCGGGCGCGAUGUGCAAGAACCCGUAACAGUGCCUGCUUUGACUCUGCCAGCCAGGCCGAAACGACUUUCAGCGUGUGCUAGUACGUAAAGGGGACGCAAGGUCUGUCAGGUUUAAUCUUAGAGACAGGACUACUUCCGGCCAAUGGUUUGCUUCGGCUCUCCAAUUUCCGAUCCGUGUGCUCGGGAGUUGGGAUAGGGACCGUGCAAGUCACCGUCCCUGCUCACACACUGCUGUGUAGCAUACGUAAUCGAAGACGACGGUCGGAUCGAGGAGUCGAGACAGGUUGUUAAAGUUGCCCCUAUCGAAUUUCGAAAAGCACUUCCGAGUCAAUUCUGCGCGAUGCCGGUUUUCGUUGUCGGACAGUUUAUCAGGCCAAGGUGGCGGUGUAGGCUUUACUCGGCGUCCGGGGCUGUCGUGCUCGAUGCUGCCCCCGCCUCAGGCAAGUUGCUAGGGUUAUGUAUUACUGCUACCUGUCCCGGCGUCUCUUUGGUCGAAAGUCCGGUCCUCGUACCUAAAAAUCACCGGUGCAGGUCACUUAGUCCGAAUAAUAGUUUCUGGCGGACUCAACAAUAACUGCAGCCGGGGCUGUGCAGAAGAAUCCUGCGGGGGGCAGCUGUUUUGUGGCCGGGUGCGGGUGGUCUGGUUUUACUUCGAGUGAGAGGAGGGGAAUUAAGAGAUUCGAUCACAACGCGGAGUCAGUCUUCACGCGAUGAUACGGGCCAAGGGGUUGCGCGAUUCUCGACGCCCGAAUUGUUUUACCCUCAGUUCUGUUGUCAGGGGGUUUGCUCGACCUGGUUGAGUGAUGGGCUCGUACACCCUUCCUGAUGGGGGCUCGAGUAGCACUACGCGUUGACUUAUUUACGCGCAUCGGCGUGCUUAACCGCUUCCUGACGGCGAGUCUUCCACUCCAGAUUCCCUGCCUCUUAGCUAGUCGGACUGAUUUCAAUGCCGAUGCGUAUCCACUUGCUCUUAGUAAAAUGCAUUCCUAUAAAGCCGGACAGCGCGUCCUACAGUAACCAGGAGCCGGAUCUAUCAUGGCGGUAGCAAAUUGAUCAGACGCAGCGAUUGUCGCUUUCGGGAAUUAUUACAAAAUGUCUAUUUAUCUAAUACAUGAUUUCAUGACAAGAGCAGCGCCGGUUUGGCGGGAGCAGCAAGUUCCUCGAGUCAGGGCGUUGGAAGCCCCUCCAGUCGUUCGGUGAAAGCAAGAGUUUAGGGCGCAGAACUCCGGAAACUGUGUAAGAUACGCCGACCCAAAGGCGAUGCCACACUCUCAGUUUGGUGCUAACGUAGAUUUCAGAUGUCUGGAAGCUACCAAGCCAUAAAGAAGGAGGGGUGCCUUCUGACGAGCAAUGCGGUCCGACGAAAUCUUGCCUGCUGCCUUUACGGUCAGACAGCCUCAUGCGUCCGGGACGCUUGCGUUCAGUAGGUCAUCGCAGGUUUCCGGCUGGGUGGUGUUGUCGGUGUACCAGAGGUCGAUCGGGCAGUUCCUCGCGUGGCAGGAUGCAGCUUUGCUGGGCUUCGAGCCUAGUAGCGAACGACUGGGUGAGAUUGUUAUUGACAGCUAAACGGACAUUGGAGAGAGGAUAGUAAGUCUCGAUCACAAUAUUUGUUGCGGGCGUGCUGUCCAAUAUAAACGUACGACGGAGGACUGGGGGUGAGCAGAGUCGAAUGCUGCAGUCAACUCGACAAAGCAGCGGCCAUCGGUUGCUGGUGUCGUUGCAGAGUGCGCCGGAGUGUCCGCGUCCAGCGCGAAACUGCCUGGGUUCUGCUGGCUUCACGUGCCAGCUACCUUCCAACAUCCGCGCAGUUCGUUAUUUUUGGCCAUGACAGAAGCGGGGAAUUACACGACACCCAAGAACUCGGGAAACCGGAAAUGACGAGCCACAGGCGCUACUGAUUCUUGUCUGUCGGCGUGUGUAGCAGCAUGAACGAUUAAAUUUGCCGAGGAAUGGUGCGAAGCCUCUUACCUGGUGAUUGAGAUGAGUUAUGCGGCGCUUCGUGCAUCGUGAUCUGUUAUCUUAGGGAUCCCUGGGAUCACAACGCCAUUACUCUGUGAAUGCGGUAUUGCGUCGCAAAAACAGCCGACACUGCUUUAUCAGACCCAAGACGACCAGACAUAUUACUGAUGAGGGUUUUGUUUCACGCCGCCGUAUGCGCCCGAGCUGAUCUUCAGUUGCUCUGACCACUACUUGGCACUAGUACUCGACGAGGGGAGAAGAGACAGUCAGGCCGACUAUGCUCUACUGCCGCCACCAUAAUCAAUCUGAUAUGCUGUUGGGCGAUCAUCGAACGUUAUCAGCCGCAAGGAUAGCCCUGUCCCGCGGGCUGAGAGGCAAGUCGUGGUGGUUGGGUAGUUUAGUUCUGUAAGAAAUCACUUAUGAGAAACUCGGCGAUAUCAGCAAAACUGGGACCCGCAACUCCUGGGGUAGUACAUAGAGUUGGUAGUAGGUCACAACAUGGGUUCGGGGCUGGUCGAUAGUGAGACAGCCCUCAGUGGAUGCCAGUGAACGCACCGGUGUUUGGCAGAUAAGGAGCUGCGAGAUGUAGCUGGUCACCGGUGAUGUAGUGGGAAAGCAUACUAGAAUAUAAUGAGUGAUUCUAGCCUAAAAAUGACCUAAUCAGAAAUUGUCGUCCCACGGUCUCUGACCCAAGCUCCAACAAGAUCGGUGACCCCACCUUUACCACAUCUAUUCGACUUUGUAUUAUCAUUAACAAUCUGCUGCUCAUGGUUUAUAAUUUCAUAGGGGGGCCUACGUAUUCGGACCCAGAAUGGAAAGUGGCACUCCAUAGAGGGAGGCAGUUCUUGUUGUCUGUUGGAACGGACACGUUGACAAGGAACCAGGCACGCAGGUAUAAAUAAAACUAGUGGCCCUGAAGCUGUAGGAGCCAACGGCUCCGCUACAUCGAGCUCUAACGUCAGAAGUUGGGCAGCGAAGGCUGAGAGAGGAGCUUUUUUGGACAAGAAGCCGGACCGGUUGCUGGCUGAAACCUAGACGAGGUUGGCUGGUCUGCCGCGCCCUAGUUCGUAUCAAAGUCGCCAACCAGUCAUCCGUGGGAGUGCAUAUUCGUGGGAUCUACUAUAUGUACAUGCAGGUACGAAUACAGUAAAGACGAGGUGGCGGCUGGCACCCAGGGGAUGAAGGCUUCCGCCGUCCACGGUCAAAGGCUGUGCUGCGAAACGAUCGGACUGAAUCCCACAUGGCUUCCCAAGUUACUCAACUACGUCUUCAUAUCUGCAUUCGCUGUCUCCGUUUUCCCCGUCUCCUGCGCAGCAGCCAUUGUAGACAGGGAGCAGCUGGACGGCAGGCUGUCCAGACUUGUGCCAUUAGAUAGACAGGGGAUGGAUGGUCGCGGUGAGCUCAUAGUAGCGUCCGUCAAGUAGACCAGAGACAACGCAACUAUCAGCUCACACGGUGGCAAGGCCAACGAGCCACAAAAUUGGACGGUUGUACCUCAAUCAAUCACCCUUCCCUCACGUGCUGAGAAGACACGCAGGGAAGUCGUCACCACUGCUGCACCAAUCAGGUGGUGGUGUAGAACAAAUCGAGAAGGUCAAGACCGAAGGUUUUUCGGAAGUCAUCUAAUAUUCAGUUUGUAACUGCACAGCAGUGAGAAUAAGUGCUCUGAACGUUACAACCACCAGAUCGAAUCCCAAGUCGUAAGAAGAAAACAGGAGGAACCAGAAUGAGGGGUUUAUUGUGCACAGAAGCCGAAGUGGUCCUCUCAGGCGGCAGUGGCCACUGGCGAAGCCAGGGUUGGUGUUGACUGCGUCCAGUCAUACCUGAGAGUCCUUGAGAUAGUGGUGGCAGCCGCUUUUGUGGGCUUGUGGGUCAAGCUGAAGUAGUGUCCAGUCAGUGUUUGUUGCAUUUGCCCAAGGAUGGUGUCCCAGUGGCUUAGGUUGCGGUUGCAGAGGGCGGUGCGUUCAAGUGGCCUCAUGGGCAGCUGUGGUUGUUCUGGCGCAGGUAUGUCCGAGCUGUUGGUCGUGUGAAUUCAGGUCAGUGCGCCUGGAACGGCUCACUGCAAAAGGGUGAAUGACCUUGAGUCAGCGAGGUCUUGAACAAUGACGUCAGACCGGUCAUGAUGGCUUCCCGCCACAAGUUCAUCUUGCGCAUUAAUCUGUAGUGGGGCAGACUUGUGCAGUAUCUACCGCACUCCCUCCUCCCGCACCCACCAGGCUCCGACGGCAAGGCCAUGUCAAGACGACCGGAGGGGGGCUCGGGCUCAGUGGUUGGGCAGGCUAGACAGCUCGUCUACGCGUGCCGUACACGACCUGAUAUCCACUCGGUGCGCCAGGUUUUCACGGAGAUGGUAACUCGCAUCUCCCGCCCGUGAGAGUGGCAUGAGGGCUGCAUUAAGGAGGAACCAUUUAGCUUGUCUCUCGGUCCGCGAUUCAGUCACUCGACAUACCUGCAGUUCUAACCACGAGGACGGAGUUACCUAGUUAGAUGGCAACCCUUCAAACCACGGCUUUUAGCACAUCGUGGGGAUGUCGAGGCGCGUCAGAUUUAUUACGAUGACGUGGGAAUGAGUUCUUCACUAUCGACGUCACUAUCUCUUCCCUCUAUCGUGCACCAGUCCACUGUCCCAGUCGACUAGUAAUCUGGCGCUUGUGUUGGGUGCAGCAACUGACAGAGCUGCACUAUUUCUUCUACGUUAGCCACACUUCGGCAUCCUUGUACCUAUCCUCAAGAAGGGAGAUAAGACGAGAUGCGAGAACUACCGCGGCAUAAGUCUCAUCGAUGUUGCUGCGAAGAUCUUCGCUAUUGUCCUACUCAGGCGAUUCCAGGCUGUGCGUGACUCAAGGACGAGGCCCUACCAAGCCGGAUUUCGUGCUGGACGUGGAUGCGCAGAUCAGAUAUUCAUACUGAGGCGCAUUCUCGAAUUUCGCCAUAGCUAUCAACAACCGACGGCCGUCUGCUUCGUUGACUUUGCCGCCGCGUUCGAUUCCGUUCACCGUGAGUCCCUGUGGCGGAUAAUGGCGCUAGAUGGUGUACCGGCAAAAAUCAUCGCCUUGUUCAAGGCCUACUAUCGUUCCACUACUGCGAGAGUCCUGGCCCGUAACAAUCUUUCCCAACCGUUCGGUAUUCAGUCUGGCGUCCGACAGGGUUGUAUCCUGUCACCCAUACUGUUCAACUACGCUAUUGACUGGAUCCUCGGGAGGGCCCUACGCGACAGUGACGGCAUUGAAUUUGCACCCGGACAUCGACUGACUGAUCUCGACUAUGCCGAUGAUAUCGCCUUACUUACUUCAAGUUUUGGUGAUCUGCAGUCUUUGGUGUCACGGGUGAACGAGGUCGCUAAAUCAGUCGGUUUGUCCAUAAACGCUGGGAAGACCAAAGUGUUCUCAAGCUGCAUCCCUGACCAGGAGAAGGCACCCCUGGGGAUUGAUGGCUGUCAACUUGAAGAAGUGGACAGUUUUAAAUACCUCGGGGCGCGGCUGCCGCCUAAUGGACAGAGUAAGGACGACAUUGUCUCCCGAAUCGAUGCUGCCCGCUGGUUUUUUUUCAAGCCUUCGGAAAUGCCUGUGGAGCCGAUGUGA